UUCCCAUCCUCUUCUACACUAGACUUAUAGCGGCUCAACUCGGUUGAGUCUUGAUUUCACACACCUCGACAUUCCUCCGUUAAUUCUCGUUGAACAAUGGACGCCUUAACAUCGUGCUCGAGGAACAACCAGCUCAGUUGAGAUCAACAUCGUUCAUAUAAGGAGACAGUGUUCAAAUGUUAAGAUAAUAGUGCGAUAACAGUGACAUUGAUUAAAAAAAAAUAUUUAAAAAAACAACAGUGAAAAAUAAAUAUUAUCGAAUUGUUUUUUUCUGAGAAUUAAGCAAGAGCCGCUCUUGUGUAUGUGAAUUACAAUACAGUAGUUGAAGAAAAAAAAAAUAAAGGAUAGAAUAUAUUUGGAUGAAAGACCUACAUAUUUACGAAAGUACUGCGUGGCUAUUACGUUGCGGAAUAUUAAUCAGAGGUUGCUACUGACGAGAGCAACUCAUGCAGUAUAAGUUCACUGUUAAUCUACGGUAAAAAAAAAAAAAAUGACGAACGUUAAUCAAAUAAGGGAUCGGAUGAACUUUUUUGUCACACAUGUACGUACCAGUGGACAGUGGCUACAAAUUUGCGGUCAAAUAGACCGUAACAGUGCACGUGAGGUAGAAAGACUUAUAUCCUUUUUGAAAGAAGGCUUCGAUCGCGGUAUCGGCGCGAUAACGUCGAAAACUUUUCAACUGGGCAUAUGUUGCGCUUAUCAUGAAGAUAAUUAUUACCGGGCUAAAAUAUUGAAGAUAGAGCCAGAUUCGAGAAUUUACGUCGAGUUUAUCGACUACGGUAAUACCGAAUACGUCCAUGUAGGGCAAAUACGACUACUCGAUGGAACUGCUGAGGGAUUAAAAUUGCAAUCUAUUCCGCCGCUGAUGUUGGAAUUUCCAGUAACCACAGUUAUGCCUUUCAAUAACAUGUGGAAUCGAACUGUUAUUGAUCACAUUUAUAAUUUGCUGAGAUAUAACGAGUUUCCGGUUGAUAUAAUUGAUUGUGGUAAUCAUCGUAUAUUCACCUUGUAUUACAACGGUCAAGAUUUUACAGAGUUUCUGGUUAAUAAUCAAAUGGCUUUAUUGGUGCCGUCAAAUCAGCCACUUAGGCCUCCUCAUGAUGUUCCUAUAGUUAAGCAACACCAGCAACCACUUCAACAGCCGGGCGUAAUGUAUCGACCAGCACCUGCACCUACACCAGCACCGGUACCGAUACCAUGCGAACCACAUCCAAUGAUUAAUAACAAUAACGAUAAUUUUCCAAUGAAAUUACGACAGCCGCGAACACCCGCGUCCACUAAACCGGUCCAAGAAAAUUGGCGACGACCUUAUCCAACUACCGUUCAACAAAUGCGACCACCGACAUCACUAUCCCCUCGUACUCAAGAUUCGGCAGCCUUCAAGUCGCGUAACUUGGAACGAGACACGAAACAUCAAGUGCUUGUGUCAGAUGUUGAAGACGGCCCGUUGAAAUUUAACGUGCAGCUGCAGAGCUGCGCUCAAGAGCUAGAUACUUUGAUGAAAAAUAUAAAUACUCUUCCGUUAAAAUCACUGCAAGAUCCACCGAUUCAUGGUGCUGCUUGCCUUGCUCUCAAUACCAAAACACAGCUUAUACGUCGUGCAGUUGUCUCAACGGUUAUUGAUACUCUUAAACUUAAAGUUUGGUACUGCGAUUUUGGCGAUCAAGAAAUUUUACCGCACUCAAGUAUUUUUGAAAUACCACCAAAUUACGCAAAUCCACAGGCAUUGUCUAUAAUCUUUACUUUGAGUGGCGUACGUGAACUGACCGUAACAAAAGAAAUGAAAAAUUAUUUCAAAGAAUUGGUACUGGGAAAAGUAUUAACGUUGGUGGUAAUGCCGCGUGAAGAUUCACCGUUAAUGCAUUAUGGUAAUCUGUUUCUUGAUGGCAAAAGUGUCUUGCAGUUAUUACUCGAAGCUUUUCCUGACUCGGCAAUUAAAUUUCCCGAAGCUCCUCGUUUGACAGCUGGCACACGCGAAAAUGUCCACGUGUCUUACGUUCACGCUUGCAGUAAAUUUUUUGUCCAACUCGCUAAAAAUGUGUUGGAUAUGGAAUCCUUAUCUAAUCAUUUGAUAGAAUGCGUUAAAAUUGCACCGCCAAUUAAAGCGUCGAACAUCCGACCUGGCUUGAAAUGUUUAGCCCACAGUAGCGCUGACUCUGAGUGGUAUCGAGCGGAAGUUGUAACUGUUGCUGACAAUCAAGUGACGGUACAUUACGUUGAUUAUGGUAAUGAUGAAACGAUUCCCUCCAAUGCCAUUCGCUCAAUACGUAGCGAUGAUAUCACAAAAAUACCGAUUCAAGCCGUUCAGUGCGUUCUGAAUGGCUUUGAGUCGGUACCUUACAAACCGGAAGUUGACGAUAAAUUUGAAGCUUACGUUCUGAAUAAGCCACUGGUGAUGGCUGUUCUUGAUGUCAAGUCAUCAGGAAUUAUUGUUGAUCUUUAUGACUCAAAUGUUAAACCAAUUGCAAAUAUAUCUGCCAAAUUGAGAAAUGGUACACUUGAUCAACCCAGUGUGCCCCCAACUGUCCAACCUCAGCCUCCAGUACAGCAUGUAACUCAGUAUCAAAAAGAAGUUACUGACAACUUUAAAAAAAGUUACCGGGAAAAAAGUGAAGAGGGUGACAGCUGGACAUCGAAAAAUCACAACGACUCGUACCCGCAGUCUCACGAGAAUUCGUCAUUCGAAAACGCCAGAGCGAAAAAUUGGAAGAAUGCCGACAAUGAAGACAAACGUUACAAUAAUCGAGAACAAAAACCAAACAGUCGCGACUGGUCAGGCCAUUGUGACAGAAGUAAUCGCGAUUAUUCACGAAACGAACGAUUCAACAAGGAGUCAUCAGCUCCUCGUUAUGACAGAAACGACACAAACGAUAGAUUCGACAAUGACAGCAACGUAAACAAUCGCAGAGAUCGUAGCGGCGGACGUGGGAGAAUUCAUUCGUCAGGAAGUCGAGAUAGAUUCGAUCGCGAUCGCAAUAAUGCGGGAGAUACUUCAUGGAGCGAUAAAGAUUCAAACGCAUCAUCAAGAGGCAGUGGCAGACGUGGUCGCAGACCCGACAGAGGUGGACCACGUGGUGGCUCUUCCCAUGGUAGAGGCGGCAGAGGAGGUAACAACGGAAAUCGUCGAGACCGGGCUCGAAGUACCAGCAACGAAAAUGAAAAUGAAUCCGACAGAAAUUCCAAGUACAAUAAUCGAUCAAAUGAUUACAAUAUUCACAACUCAUCAGAUAAUACCCGGUUUAAACCAAAUAAUCAAAGAUUUAAUGAUCAACGCAAUGACAGGAAUAAAAAAAGUGAAAUCGAUACUUGGAAUCCAGUCUCUGCAGCUGUUGUUUCAAAUGAAUAUUCAUCAACAUCAUCAUCAGUGCAAAUUACCCCACCCAAUAUUACUCUUGGUGCUAUAAAACACUGCGAAGUUGUUUACAUAACUAGUCCUACAAAUUUUCACGUGCAAUUGAAACCAGAUAAUCUAGAAUUAGAUCCUGUGAUGGAUAAAAUUGCCCAACUUUACGAGACUGGUGGCAAUAAUUUGCAUCAAUCCAAUGCUAAAGUCGGUGUCAGCUGCAUUGCACAGUACUCGGAAGAUUUGAAAUGGUACCGUGCUGUAAUUCAAUCAGUAGAAUCAACUGGAGUGACCGUAAGAUUCGUAGACUACGGAAAUAUUGAGAUUGUGAGCUUUGAUAAGAUAAAAGAGCUCGAGGCAGAUCUAGCUAAACUACCGGUUCAAGCAAUCAACUGCAAAUUGCUUGGUGCGUCAAAAACCACAUGGGACACCAAUGAAGUAAAUGAAUUUACCUUACUUACAGAUAUGAAAUUACUUGAAGCUGAAUUUAUCGCUCAAGAAAAUGAUGUCUACGAAGUUUUAAUCCGUGAAGUUGUCAAUAAUGAACCUAUUGGACCGUAUAUUAAUGAGACUUAUUGCAAUCCUGCUGAUUUAAGCCAAGCCAAAGAAGUAGCUAAGAAUGAAAGUCGAUCUAGUCGUGGUAGCAAGCCAGCACCUCAUGUGUCAUCAACAAAUUAUGCGCCACUUGAACGAAAGUGGAGUGAACCUGCCAUCAAUUUGUCUGUUGAAGAAGACGUUAUUGUCACCUGGUUGACGAAUCCAGAUAAUUUUUACUGCCAACUUCUUCGCACGUCGAAAGACUUCCGGACAAUGAUGAAUGAAAUACAAAAAAUUUACGCUCGGCGUCAGCCUGCUCAAGAUAAUAUUCCCAUUGGGUCAUCAGUCAUUGCUAUUUUCGCUGAUGACGGUGCAUUUUAUCGUGCUGAGGUUAUUAAAAUAAAGUCCGGUAAUUAUGAGGUUCGUUAUGUCGAUUUUGGAAACACUGCGACGGUUAAAUCCCGGGAAAUAUUUCGCGUGGAUGAAAAAUUUAUGGAUCUACCAAAGCAAGCUGUGCUCUGCUGCUUGAAAAAUGUCGUACCUCGUGGUGGAACCGGUUGGUCUAAUGCUGAUCAUAAUGAAAUUGAUCGUCUCUUUAAUGUCGAUCAGCUUCGAUGCUGCUUCAAUGAAGUUACCAAUGGCAAGUACUUGGUUUCUAUGACGAACAACGGAAUAGAUGUAGCUGAUACUCUAGUGAAGAAAGGACUGGCAGAAUACCCUAGUGUACCGAGUGCUAAUAUUCCGUUAACCAAAGAAAUCCAUGAACCAGAAGAGAAUGCGGACAGCGGCCAUCAUUUGUCGCAAAUAGACAUCAGCUAUUUACGCGGACAAGUACUGAGGGUUAAAGUAUCGAAAGUGGAAAAUGUAAACAAAUUUUACAUCCAAUUGCCAUCUGCCGAAGCGAGUGAGAAAAUAAUAAAUGAUUUUAUGGCUAAUCAGAAUCAAGAGGUGAUGCCAAAACUGUUACCACGCGAGGUGUGCCUUGGAGCAGGUUGUCUUAUUUAUACAGACAAAGGAUGGAGACGAGCUGUUGUUGUAAACUUUAUUACACAAACAACAAAUUAUGACGUGAGGUUCAUUGAUACUGGAGAAAUCGAUGUGGUCCCACUGAAUUGCAUGCUGACAUUGCCCGGAGAACUGUCAGCCAUGCAAAAGCAAUCUGUAGAGUGUAGUUUGAAAAAUGUCGUUUCCUCUUCAACUGACGACGAGAAUCUCAGAAAUUUAAUCGAGAAAUCCGAAGUAAUUAUCCGCGUCGACAGCGUUAAUGACAAUAGGCUCGUUGUUGAAGUAUUUAACGACAAUGGCAAAAAAAUAAGUCUACAAAAUGAAGCAGAAGAGAGCAUCAGUCCAUUAUGCCCAAUGCCAAUAUUUUUCCACCAGCAUCGGGUUAUUGUUUCUCAUGUAAAUAAUUCAAAAAGUAUCUGGCUAAAGAGACAAGCUGAUGCAGAUACCGAUGCCGCACUUCUCGAUGAACUUUUCGAAUACUACUCAGCGUCCGGACAAUUACUGAAUAUCGAGAUUGAUAAAUUGUGCGCCGCCCAAAGUGAAGACUUGAAUUGGUAUCGGGCUAAAGUUAUCAGCAAAACAGAUUCCGGUGCAUUGGUACUUUAUGUUGACUAUGGAAAUACUGAAGAAAUUCCUUGUAAUAAUUUGAAAGAAUUAGAAUCAAAAUUCUUCAAGCCUUCUCAGCUGGCUAUUGAAGUAAGAUUGAAGUUCAAUGUCGUCGGAGGGAUAAAAGAACAAGAAAUUUUGAAAAAUCAUUUGUUAAACAAAUCAUUCUACGCAACACUGCAAUUGAAUCCGAACAACAAGUGGACUGCGUCAUUGAGCUCACAGUCAGGUGAACAAUUGGAUGAUCAAUUACGUCAAUUAGGUUUCAUAGAUCAAGACAAUUCACAAGCAACAGAAGUCAGCAACGAAAUACCAGUAUCAGAUGUCGUUGAUGAACCAGAGGAUCUAAUUGUUGGAGGCAGGUACAAAGUUGUUGUCGCGCACGUAGAAAAUCCAACACAGUUUUGGAUUCAAAGAGCAAACGACUUGCCUGCUAUUGAGCAGCUAGAAAAGAAAUUACAAGAAGAUGCUCCAGACUACCCUCCAAUCGAAGGCGUUCCCGAAGACAAUCUUAUUUGUGCUGCUCUCGAUACCGAAAACUCUAUGUGGAAUCGAGCGGAAGUGAUAGUAGCUGACGCGGAGAUGGUUACUGUCCGUUACAUCGACUACGGCAACACAGAUAUACUUCUCGACAUGACAAAAAUAAAACAGCUUCCAGAUUCGAUGAAGUCGAUAAAAUGCUACGCCACCAAAUGCCGGUUGGAUUUAAUUCCCAUCGAUUGCGAGGACUGGAAUGAAAGCGCAAUAGCUUCUUUCGCAGACAAGACUUUGGAUAACAAUAAUUUGACUGCAGUUGUAAUUGCGGAUGGUAAUUCAAAGCGCGUUGAUCUUAUUGAUGACCAUGGCAGCAUUACCAAGAUGCUGGUUAAUGAGAAUUUAGCGAAACAGAUCCAAGCUCAUGAAGACGUCAUCGAUGAAUUGGUUGAAAAUGUACUCGAUCCACGAUCGACUUUCAUCUGUCACAUCAAUUCUCCUGAUGAAUUUUGGAUACAAGAAGAAAAGUCUGUCGCUGAUUUGGAAUGCAUCGCAGAUCGUUUUAUCGUAGCCGACAUGUUUCCUAAAAUUACUCAAGUAAAACCAGGAGAACUUUGCGUUGCUAAAUUUCCCGAUGACAAUUCAUGGUAUCGCGCACGAAUUAUUUCUCAUGGUAAAAUGGGAACAAAUGUUUUCUAUAUUGACUAUGGUAAUUCUGCAGUAUCAACUGAAAUUCGUGAAAUUCCUGAUGAUGUCAGCGCAAUACCACCGUUGUCACGUAAGUGCCGCUUACCGCUACCACAAGGGGUUGAAAAAUGGUCUGAUGCUGCCUGUCAGGAGUUUACUAAACUGGCUGAUGAUGGAGCGACAAUAUUUUUCUUAGAUGUACUCGAAGAAGGUGAAACUUCGACAGUUAGACUUACUCUAGAUGGAGAAGAUAUUAUUAACUCACUUGAAAAACUUUGUGAAAAAAGUUCACCGGUAGAAAAAUUAAUUGACUCUGAACCUCAUACAGACAGUACAGAAAAUAAAGUAUUUGUCAGUCAUGUUAACGCUCCAUAUGAUUUUUAUAUUCAAGAGCAAAAACACACGACAGAUUUAGAUGUAAUGGCAGAGAGAUUGAAGACUGCUGAUGAAUAUUCACCGAUUGAAAAUAUUGAAGAAGGAUUGCUGUGCGCUGCUCAGUUUCCUGAAGAUUUUGCUUGGUAUCGAGCCCGAGUUUUGUCGUACGGCAGUUCAGGAACCCAAGUUAUUUACAUCGACUACGGAAACACUGCGGUGACAACAGAACUUCGUGAUUUACCUGAUGAUUUAAAAACUCUAGCACCGCUAUCACGACACUGUCGUCUAGUUUCACCAGCAAAUGAACAGUGGUCGUGUGAAGCUUAUCAAGAAUUCAUAAAACUUGUUGACAAUGGACUGACUGAAUUUAAAAUGAAUAUCAUCGAUGAAGCUGAUGAUAUUUCAACAGUGCAGCUUCUUCUGAAUGACGAAGACGUCGCUGAAAAAUUGAAUCAGUAUUGUAGUAAAUCAGUACCUGUGAUUGAAGAAAGACUGUCUCCACUAGGUGAAGAAACUACUCCAAAUGUUAUGAUAAGUCACGUUAUUUCGCCAUCGGAAUUUUGGAUUCAAGCUGAAAAUAAAAUAGCUGAACUUGAAUCAAUGGCCAUACGUCUCAGUGACGCAGAUAAUUAUUUACCUCUAGGUGCGCUCAAUGAAAUAGGAGUAAUUUGUGCUGCUAAAUUUCCAGAAGAUGAUCAGUGGUACCGAGCUAAGGUUCAGACUCAUCAAGAUCCUGCUACAGAGACCGAAGUUAUUUUUAUUGAUUACGGUAAUUCGUCUUUGGCAACUGAAGUUCGUGUGUUGCCAGAAGACUUGGCUGCCAUUCCUCCACUAGCUAAAUUUUGUGCACUGAAAAUCCCAGAUGAUGUUGAAUGCUGGUCUCUGGAAGCCUGCGAGAAGUUUAUUGAGCUGACCGCAGAAGGACAGACGAUGUUCGAAUGUAAAGAACUAGAUGGUCAAGAUCCAACCUACGUAAGUUUGAAACUUAGCGGGCAAGACGUUGUGGAAAUUCUAGCUCCGCUGUGUGCGAGCAUGCAGACCGAUGAAACUGUAGACCAAAAACCUAUUCCAGUAUCAGCGCCAGUAUCAGAACCUACUGUUGAAAAAGUAGUAAAUGAAAAUAUUGAAAGUGUUGAUUACAAAUUAAAUGAAAGUGAAAAUGAUAAGCAAUCAAUGCAUGUAAAUAUUAAAAUUGAGAAAGGAUUCGACUCACACACGUAUGAAAAAUAUGAAGAAAAUAUGUCAAGUAAUACGUCUGGUGUUGAUGUGCUAACGAAUUCAGACAAUUCAAAUGAUGACAAUCCAUUUGAAAAUAAUAAAGUAUCAUCGGAAAUAGUCAACAGUACAUUGAAACAAUCUGUUGAAUCUGAUGACUUUACUGCUACCAGCGAGACUAUGAUCAUCGAAAAUACUUGGACAGUAACAGAAAAUGUAAAAAAAUUUCCAACAGCCAGUAAUGAGUCCGUAGACAUCACUACCGGAGAAGAAACAGUAAUAGAAGUCGUGCGUAAUGUCUCUGAGUCGACAAUCGAUGAAAAAUUGAAUAAAAUUUCUCAGAUUGUUACUCCACCUGUUCUACCAGACAAAUCAGUCAUUGAGUCAGUAAAUGUACCUAUUGAUAUACCAUCUUCUGACGUCACUGUGGAGGAACAGUCAAUUAUUGCUGAAGAAGAAGUUCCACCAGCAGAGCUCACUUCUGAUACUUCCAUCGACAAGCAAGAUUCAAUUAUUAUUGAAGAUGAAAUCACUUCAGCUGAUGUAGCUUCCGGUGAAAUUGUUGAGAAAGAAGUAUCAAUAAUUACUGAAGAGAAAAAUGUUCCAAGUGAUUUGACUGAUGCUUUAAUUGUUGAACAAGACUCAGUUAUUAUUGAAGACAAAAUUACCUCGCCUGAAAUAACUGAAGUUUUAGUUAUAGAACAAGAAGUUACUGAAGAAAAAAUAACUCCAGCUGAAGAGGCAGCUGAUGAUUUAGUCGACAGACAAGAGACCAUUAAUGCGGAAGAAAUAAUAACUCCUACUGAUAUGGCGACUGAUACUUCAGUUGUAGAACAAGACUCAGUUAUUGUUGUAGAAAAAAUUUCUCCAGCUGAAAUCACAACCGAUGAUGUGGUUGAAGAGCAAGACUCUAUUAUAAUUGAACAAGAAAUACUGCGAGUCAGUUCAUCAGAGUCACUGCCGAUAAACAAAUCGAUUGUCAAUGAGGAACUAACGCCGCAACAUGACUUAAUGAUUGAGUCAUCUGAUUGUUUAGUCAAAGAGAAAGAGGCGAGUGAUAAAGAACAAGUCUCUUCUCCUGAUUCGGUACCACCAUCACCGAUGAGAGAGCUGCCGAGAUUUGAACGGCGCAGCUCGACGCCACACGAAGACAAAAUAGUGCCAGGAUGCAUCAACAAAGGGAUUGAUCUUGAUCCAGAAGCUGAUCAAGUUCUUUAAGUUUGAAUUAUUUAAAAAUAAUCUUAAAGUUUUUUAAAAAGCAAUUAGUAAUAUCGUAAUUUACACUCUCAUAGUAAUAAAUAUUUAUGGAUGUUUAAAUUCAGUAUCACUUUAAUAAGUCAUAAGUUAUUUCUAUUGCAAUUAAUAUCCAGAAACUUUCGACGAUAAUCAAUAAUUAAUUAUAUUUUAAUAAAUUUUUCUGUUCUUUUUUUUUUUUCUCAAUUUUAGGAGGAAAUUGAUAAUUAUAAUUAUGUGCCACAUUAUUAAUUUUCCAAAGAUACUGAAUUAAUAUAUUGAUUACUUUUUAUAUUUUUAUUAUUGUUCAUUUAAAUACUUUUACUUUUCUUUAUUUAUUUUUCUUUUUGCAAAACUAAAAAGUGCCUGGAGCAAAUAACUUUAUUUCAUUACACUAUCAAGAAAUUAUUUAUUCGCAAUGAUAAGAGGGAAUUAUUUGAUAGAAAAAAAAAACUCUGUUAAUUUAAUAAUUAAGAUCAAUAAUUAAUUUUUU